GACAAGAAAUAUCUUCACACACCAAACCUUGACUUUAAAAAUUGUAAGAUGAAAAUACCUUCUUCAAUACGAGGUGUUAUACUAAACUGAUGCCGUUUUCACCGACUCUUGUUUACACUCUGAUUCGUGUGACCUAAAUUUUGUCAUUUUUGGAUAUUUUGUAUUAUGAAUCACAAUUCACAUUUUUUUUUGUUUUUUGGGAAAGACAAUUCACAUUUUAUUUGUUUAUUUAACAUAUUAUUGAAUUCGAAUUAGUAGUUUAAAUAUUUAUCAAAUUCGUUCCGAUCAAUUUGGCGGGCUAAGACAAACUAUGAUGAGCAAAUCGCUCAACGAAUGAUGGCGUGGCAAGUUGGGAUAAACUCGAGAUCUUCUUGCAAACAUCGUCAAUAAUCUAUCCCUGUUUCGAUUGAUCCACUUCAACAGCUCCAAGUCUACUGUUGGAACUUUUUAUCUGGUGAUGGCCUCUUUGGUUGAUCAAUUUGUUAUCCCCUCAAAUAAUGGAUAUAGGGUUUGGGAAGAUCCUUCCUUUCUCAAGUGGAGGAAGAGAGAUGCUCAUGUUUCACUGCACUGCCAUGAUACAGUUGAAGGAUCUCUUAAAUACUGGUACGAACGCAACAAAGUGGAUCUUCUGAUAUCUAAUUCAGCUGUUUGGGAUGAUGAUGCUGUUUCUGUUUCUCUUGAUUGCGCUGCUUUUUGGGUCAAGGGUUUGCCUUUUGUUAAGUCUUUAUCUGGCUAUUGGAAAUUUUUGUUGGCUCCAAGACCUACCGAAGUCCCUUUGAAUUUCUAUGAUAGUGAGUUUCAGGAUUCUGUAUGGGAAACCUUACCAGUUCCUUCCAAUUGGCAGAUGCAUGGAUUUGAUCGGCCUAUCUAUAUAAAUGGUGGAUAUCUAUUUCCAAUUGAUCCACCUAAUGUUCCUGUGGAUAAUCCUACCGGCUGUUACAGGACAUGCUUUCAUCUUCCAGAAGAAUGGAAAGGUCGUAGGAUUUUUUUACACUUUGAAGCUGUUGAUUCCGCUUUCCAUGCAUGGAUAAAUGGGAUUCCUGUUGGAUAUAGUCAGGAUAGUAGACUACCUGCUGAGUUUGAAAUCACUGAUUUCUGUCUUCCAUGUGGAUCGAACAAAAAAAACAUAUUGGCUGUUCAAGUAUAUAAAUUUAGCGACGGUUCUUACCUUGAAGAUCAAGAUCAGUGGCGGUUAUCUGGCAUCCAUCGCGAUGUGCUUCUUCUGGCCAAGCCAAAGGUAUUCAUUGCAGACUAUUUCUUAAACUCAAGCUUGGGGGAAAACUUUUCCCACGCAGAUAUACAGGUUGAAGUGAAAAUUGAUAACACAGGAGAAACAAACAAGGAUAACAUCCUUUCCAACUUCACUAUUGAAGCUGCUGUCUAUGACAAUGGGAGUUGGUAUGGCAACGAUGGAAAUGUUGAUCUGCUUUCAUCUAAUGUGGCUCAUUUGGCACUUAGUCAGUCUCGUAGGAGACUAGGAUUUCACGGAUAUCUACUUGAGGGUAAACUGCAGAUGCCCAAGCUUUGGUCUGCAGAGCAACCAAACCUUUAUACUCUUGUUAUCACCCUCAGAGAUGCUUCAGGUGAUGUAAUUGACUGUGAAUCGUGCCAAGUUGGUAUACGUCAAAUAUCAAAAGCCCCAAAGCAGCUACUUGUAAAUGGGCAUCCAGUAAUAAUAAGAGGGGUAAACAGACAUGAACACCAUCCACGUCUCGGGAAGACAAACUUGGAGCCCUGCAUGGUUAAGGAUUUGGUUCUAAUGAAGCAAAACAAUAUCAAUGCUGUCAGAAACAGCCAUUAUCCCCAACAUCCCCGUUGGUAUGAGCUGUGUGAUUUGUUUGGCAUGUAUAUGAUAGAUGAAGCAAAUAUCGAGACACAUGGUUUUAAUGAAUCUGGACAUGCUAAGCAUCCAACACUGGAGCCAAGUUGGGCUUCUGCUAUGAUGGAUCGUGUGAUUGGCAUGGUGGAGAGGGACAAGAAUCAUGCAUGCAUUAUUUCUUGGUCCUUGGGGAAUGAGUCAAGCUAUGGACCUAAUCAUGAUGCUCUUGCAGGUUGGAUUCAAGGAAAGGAUCCAUCAAGGUUAUUGCACUAUGAAGGUGGGAGGUCCAGAACCUCAUCAACAGAUAUUGUAUGCCCUAUGUAUAUGCGGGUUUGGGACAUGGUGAAGAUUGCAAAAGAUCCAACUGAAACACGACCUCUGAUAUUGUGCGAGUAUUCACAUGCAAUGGGAAACAGCAAUGGAAAUAUUUAUGAAUACUGGGAAGCAAUUGAUUGCACAUUUGGCCUCCAAGGAGGCUUUAUCUGGGAGUGGGUUGAUCAUGGGCUACUUAAGGAUGGUGCUGAUGGUAAUAAGCAUUGGGCAUAUGGAGGUGAUUUUGGUGAUACCCCCAAUGAUUUGAACUUUUGUCUGGAUGGCCUUAUAUGGCCAGAUCGAACUCCCCAUCCCGCACUACAUGAGAUCAAGUAUGUCUAUCAACCAAUUAAGGUUUCAUUCAGGGAAGGCAUAAUUAAGAUCACAAACACACAUUUUUUUGAAACAACACAAGCAUUGGAGUUUGGAUGGACUGUUCAUGGCGAUGGAUGCGAACUUGAAUCUGGAAUCCUCUCUCUCUCGUCAAUAGAACCUCAGGGCAAUUAUGAGAUAAAGUGGGAGUCGGGCCCAUGGUAUUCUCCUUGGGCUGCUUCAUCUGCUGCAGAAAUAUUUUUAACAAUAACUGCAAAGCUUCUGCAAUCUAAACGCUGGGUUGAAUCCGGUCAUGUCAUUUCGUCUACACAAGUCCAGUUGCCUGUAAAAAGAGAAUUUGUUCCUCACGUCAUCAAAUCUAAAGAUGCCACCUUCCUCAGUGAAAUUCUUGGGGAUACAAUUAAAAUCAGCCAGCAAAACGUUUGGGAAAUUAAAUUUAAUUCUCGAACAGGAGGCUUUGAAAGCUGGAAGGUUGAAGGAUUUCCCGUGAUGCAUGAAGGCAUAUUCCCGUGCUUUUGGCGAGCACCAACAGAUAAUGACAAAGGGGGAGAUGCAAAUAGUUAUUUCUCGAAGUGGAAAGCUGCCCAUCUUGAUAAUGUGUUUUUUCUUACUGAAAGUUGUUAUGUUCAGAAUAUGACCGAUGAUCUUGUGAAGAUAGCAGUUGUCUAUCUUGGUGUGCCAAAAGGUGAAGAAAGUUCUUCUUCAUUAUCAGAAAACUUAAAUGUCCUCUUCCAUGUUAAUAUGACUUUCUCAAUCUAUAGUUCUGGAGAUGUCAUUAUAGAAUGCAAUGUAAAACCAAGUUCUGAUCUUCCGCCUUUACCACGCGUCGGGGUUGAAUUCCAUCUGGACAAAUCAAUGGACCAUAUUAAAUGGUAUGGUAGAGGACCAUUUGAAUCUUACCCUGAUCGAAAGGCCGCUGCCCACGUGGGGGUGUAUGAGCAGAAUGUCAGUGACAUGCAUGUUCCUUAUAUUGUUCCUGUAGAAUGUUCAGGUAGGGCAGACAUAAGGUGGGUGACAUUUCAAAAUAAGGAAGGUUUUGGAAUUUAUGCUUCCAUAUAUGGUGAUUCUCCACCUAUGCAAAUGAAUGCAAGUUACUACUCCACUGCUGAGCUUGACCGUGCAACACACAAUGAAGAACUUAACAAAGGAGACAAUAUUGAGGUGCAUCUUGACCACAAGCACAUGGGUUUGGGCGGAGAUGAUAGCUGGACCCCCUGUGUCCACGAGAAAUAUCUGAUUUCUGCCGUGCCAUACUCAUUUUCUUUCAGGCUGUGUCCACUCACUGCAGCCACCUCUUGCCAUGACAUCUACAAAUCACAGCUUGAAAAGAAAACAGCAUGAUGAUUCAUAUAGGAGUUCGAAUCCCCCCUGGGGCCAUCCCCAAGGAAUUUUCCCGGUGGUACAUGUGGGACAAGGAGACUAUAUGCGCCCGGUGGUGCAUUAUGGGUGUUCUAAGAGGCCUGAUGUAAUACCCCGAUAAUUUUAAAAGAUUUAUUAAUUAGGAUUAAUUAUUUUAUUUUAUUUUUCAAUGAUUUAUUUUAUUUUAUUGAGUGC